ACAUACAAUUGAACCUUUAAACAACCCCCUUUAGAAACUCUCUUCCCUUCCUUUUUCUCUUCCCUCUUUUUCCUGUUCCUGGGAUGUGUGGCAAGAGAUGGUGAUCGGGAACCGAGAUUUUUCGACUUUCAGGAGUAAGAGUACCAAGAGCACUAAGAGUGACUCGGGGAACGGGGACGAUGCGUCCAUAGGCACACACGAGAGCGCGUACGAGCACCCUCUGGCUCGCAAAGGCUACGAUAUUGGCCCCGCGUCGAGAUGCGAGGUGGGCGACGUCUUUGAGUUCCUCUGGGCAGACUCGCACGAGUUCGAGUGGGAGUGGAAGUGCCUUGGCUACACGCGCUUCAUCGUCCUUCGACAUAGCGACACGUUUCCGCAUUACUGCGUGUGUGUUCCGAUCUCCACCCCCACGAAGAAUGACUUCCAGAAACCCGGAAUCGAUUCGAGCCAGCAGGGCUAUGUCUUUGACGAGAACGACCGCACCCCGCCCUUCGACCGCCUCCCUUUCUCCCCUGUCGGUAUGCAGCUGCGCCCGGGCAAGUUCCGCGUGAAGGAAAACUCACGCGCAAACUACGCCGACGUUCUCGAGAUCGACCACGAUGCACAAGUCAUGGUCGUCGGCGACGUCACGCGCUACUUCGACCGGGUGCGGAGGAACGUUAACAAGGCCGUCAUGCGCAACGUAUUGAAAAAGGCGUUGGAGCAGUACCGCCAGGGCAAACUCGUCGGCAAGAAGGGCGCCAAGCUCGAGGCGAGCGUCGUCAACGGCGGUGGAAGCCAGGAUGACGAGGAGGAGUUCAAUUUCGACGAGGAGCCCGAGGACGGAAGCGAUCCGGACCAUCCCGAUGUGUUUCUGCGACCAGAUGAGACUUCGUCCGUCAUCGAGAAGCGGAAACCCGACCGCAGUGAACGCAGUGACCGCAGCGACCGGGAACGCGAACGGGACCGUGACCGAGACCGGGAACCCCUCGUCAGCGCAGAAAUGCCGCCCCCUCCGCCCCCGGCCCCGCCGCUACCGCCGAUGGACUUCCCGUCCCCGAUGCCGAUGCAGCAGCCGUCGCCCCCGCGAGAGCGAGAGCGCGACGACGCGUCCUCGAUCCGGUCCCACGCGUCUCGAGAGAGAAGGCAUUCCCGGAAAGAAGCGCCCCCGCCGAGAGGCGAGGACCUCCCACGGAAAAUGUCAGAUCACCACGUCGACGGCGCCGCUCGGCCGUACAGACAACGCAUCGACCUCCCGCGAUCCCGGAGCCAUCGGGCCUCUGAACACGAGGUCUCUGGCUCAAUGUACGACGUCGCUACGGCAAGGGCGGACUGAAAAAAAAAAAAAUGAGUUGUGACAUUGGGAUUCGAUGGGUGAUGAGAUGACGCGCAUUUCUAGGAUGAUGAUUUGGUUACCAUCGAUCGAUCGGCUCUUGAAACGGGUGCCAUGAGUGGCAUGACGGCGGCACUGAAUGUCUUUUCUUCUCUCUUUUUUUAUGACACGUAUCAUGAUUGCAUGCAUCAAAUGCCUCUUUUCUUUCCUGCUGCGACUACGACAUCAACAUCAACAAAUAACGAGAA